AUGAAGCGCUUAAUGAGCCAGAUCAAGAAGAAGAAGGGUGGUAGUCCAACACCCAACGGCGACAGGAGCCGCAAUGGUCCUGCUCCCAUGUCGUUGCCAGAAGGCGAUGCGCCAGACGCUGUCGUCGUUCGCGAAGUGGUCGCCUUUUGCGAGUCCGGCGCUCCUGGCUCCAACACCGCGGGUGACGAAUACCUCCACCUUCCUGCCAUCGUUGACGCCGCCGAGUCAAGUCCAACCGCCGCCCGUGAGGCCGCCAACACCAUAGCCCGCUACCUGUCCAAAGACAACUACGCCAAAGGCUAUGCGCAGUACAAUUCAAUCAUGAUCACUCGAAUUCUCACCGACAACCCGGGCCGGCCUUUCACUCAGCACUUCGAUGCCAACUUCAUUUCCACUGUCAAGCACUUGCUGCGAGAGUGUAGGGAUCAGAAUGUCCAACAGAUCACACGAGAGACUCUCGACUAUUUUGAGGCCGAGAAGUUGCGCGACAACGACUCUCUGAACCCUCUGAUGCAGAUGUGGAAGAAAGAAAAGAGCAAGAGCGCACGCUUCCCUGCAGCUCCAGUGGUCCGUACUAGUGAUGUCUUUGUUCCCACAGAUGCUGAUGAAACGCAGUAUCCGAACGGCAUGGCAAUGCAACACGGCGGUAACCGUUCCAGCCGGCAUCCGAGACAGCUGCCGCCUCCCGACGAGCUGGCUGCCCGCAUCGAAGAGGCAAAGACCACUGCGAGACUGCUGAUUCAGACCGUUCAGUCGACACCGCAGCAGGAGCUGCUCGGGAAUGAGCUGGUCAAAGAGUUCGCAGAACGAGCACGAUCGGCGCACAAGAGCAUCCAGAACUAUAUGAACUGCGAAAAUCCUGCGCCAGACGAGGAUACGAUGCUCACACUCAUUGAGACCAACGAUCAACUCAAUGUUUCGAUGUCGAAACACCAGAGAGCUGUCUUGCAAGCCCGCAAGGCGGCCGGCAUAGCAAGUCCCACUCCGCCCGGCGGUCAAGGCCCGGAAGCAAACUCCUAUAUGCAGGCGCACACUCCCGGCCAGAACGUAUAUCAAAAUGUCUACAGCCAACCGCCUGCCCCGCCGCAGGCCAAUAUCUCACCUGUUUCACCCGUCAACAAUAGUGAGACAUUCUCACCUCCCCUAGGGCCUCCUCCCCAGCAGAGGACCGACCCCUCUGCCUUCGCUCCACCACCCGGCCCACCACCCUCGCAGAGCCGUGGUCCACAACAGGGCACAUUCGAAUAUGAAGACGCCUAUGCGCCUGCUCCGCACAUACCUGCACUGCAACCUACGCAAAAUCGGCCAGGUUCUAGGAAUGCAGAGUACGGUGUUGCUGACAAUCCGUUCUCGGAUGACAAUGUGGCCGACGAGACGCAGCCUAAGCCGAACCAGAAUUCACUGUUCGCAAGGAAGCCGCCUCAGCCGAGUCAGAGCUACAUGCAACGCCAGGAGUCCUCAACCAACAACCUGACCAUGCACGGAGGUAGUUUGCCUCCCAACGAGCAGCGUUAA